CGCAGAUACUCUGUCUCGUCCUGGUGUUGACUGUGUUUCCGCAAUCGAUUUACACUAGAUGGCCAAGGCUCAGAAGACAGAAUCAUCCGAAUCAUUCUCAUCACCCUCUGAGAAAUUUGCACUUGUGUUAAAACCACUCCCUCUCUAUACACUUCCUGGAACAAUCGAAUGUGAUGUUUCGACGCAUGUACCAAGUCCAUUGGUACCACCAUCUAUGCGCCGACAGGUUUUUGAAACUUUUCACAAUGUUUCACAUCCAGGAAUCCGCCAAUCCAUCCGUCUCAUCUCUGAACGAUACGUAUGGCCAAACAUGAACAGAGAGAUCAAGGAAUGGGCUGCAAAUUGCCUUUCCUGUCAACGUUCUAAAGUCAUCCGCCAUACACGCUCACCUUUCGGAACCUUUAGCAAUCCCGAUGCCCGUUUUGCUCAUGUUCAUUUGGACAUCGUCGAUCCUCUUCCUGCGUCAAAUAGCAACGCGAAUAUCCUCACUUGCAUCGAUCGUUUUACGCGUUGGCCAGUCGCUAUUCCUAUACCUGACACUCACACGGAAACAAUCGCACGUAAUUUCAUUAACCAUUGAGUCGCGACAUUUGGUGUUCCAGCCACCAUUACGACUGAUCGCGGUUCCCAGUUUGAAUCCAUUCUUUUCUCAAACAUUACCAACAUUCUUGGAUGCCAACGCAUCGGUACCACAGCAUAUCACCCGCAAGCAAACGGCUUAAUGGAACAUUUGCAUCGCCACAUCAAAACAGCUCUAAUGGCUCACAACAACCCAUCUCAAUGGUGUGAUUUACUACCACUUGUGUUGUUACAGCUACGUACAAUGUUUCGACAAACUUUGGAAUGCUCACCUGCAGAACUUGUUUUUGGAACCACUUUACGCCUGCCCAGCGAAUAUUUCUGUCCGUCUAGUACAGAACAUUCACAACCAUCUAAUUCUGCAACAGAGUUGAAAUUACACAUGUCAAAACUCUGUUACGCACCUUCACUCUCAACCAGUACAAGUUCUUACGUUCCCUCUGACCUAAUGCAUUGCGCUUAUGUUUUCGUACGUUCAGAUCGUGUGCG